GGCUUUCCAAUUCGAAGCGUGGGCGCUUUUUGCUAUCAUUUUUAUUUGUGAAAUUGCAGUGAAAAAUAAAUAGUUCACACAUAUUUAUUCAGCAUGGAUGAUCGCGGCGUGCUGAGCCUUGUGAAGAAGGUGGUGCACUCGCUGGUGGUGUCCUCACCCGGGCGGAUGACGAUCGAGAAGCUGAUGCGCGAUUACCGCAGCGAAGAAGGCUGCAAUGUGCCCUACUUGCAGCUGGGAUUCCAGGACGCCGAAUCCUUCCUCCGAUCCAUCCCCGACACGGUCAAGGUGAUGGGCCACGGAUCCAUGGCCCUGAUAACAGCAGUCACCACCGACAAAUCAGCGCACAUACAGAAGUUAGUCCACGGCCAAAAGAAGCCCACCGGCAGGUCCAGAAAUCGACAUAAACCAAAGUAUUGCUACGCCUCCGAGCAAUCCGAUCUGGUCUUCAUAAACGAAAGCGUGCGGAAGAUGAGCUCCAAAUACGUACCGCCCCGAACUUACCAGCAACCCGUCAAGCAUCACAUUCCCGUUUCGUAUCCCAACUACAAUCGACUGCUGUAUUCCGGCCACACACCGAUUAUUGUCUACGAGAAUAUCGAUGCCAUGAUCCGCGCCGGUCAGCAGCAGGUGCUAUAUAGUUACAACACGCUGCAGUAUUAUCAGUAUCUUCUGUCGAUGGUUAAUUCAAAUAAUCCAUAUGCUUAUCCGCAGAAUAACCCAAGGCCGAGAGCGCAUAACUUUACACAGAAUGCAAAGCCUGCACCGUCAAAUGUUUUAAAUCAGACGCAGAACGUCCCGAAAGUGGAGCCCCCAAAAAAACAAAAUCGUCAGCAACAGAAUUUUUCAAGGCCCCAAACUCCUGUUGAGAAUAAGCAGCAAAAUCCACCUCAGGAGUUGAAGAAUGAAACCGAGGAAUUAGUGGAAGCUUUCGAAAACCUCUCAGUGAUCCCUGCUCCUCCAACUGGUUACCAAGAUAAUCAGGAAUACGAGAUAUACGAGACUGACGAGGAGAAAUUUGUAAAAGACCCAUUUAGCUCUGGAGAGGAAGAGCAGGCUCCUGUCAUCGAAAUUAAAGAUUCAGAGGAGGAGAAUGAGGCAGUGGUGCCCGAUUUUGAGCCCUUGUCAGAAUUCAAGGCUAAUCCCUCGCCCACGUCCGGAAUUUUGAAGAAUAUUGACAAGCUCCGAGAACCUCAAGAGUCCUUUUAUGAUUAUGAGUCUUCCGAUGAUGGGGACGAUGAAAAUGCUAUUCCAGCUUAUGCUGUGGACGAAAGAGUUUUAGGACUUGACUAUCCCACGGAUUCGGUUCGUUUUGACUUUAAGCUACCUGAGCGCGACAUUAGGACCAUUAUCCAGUUGGAAGAACGCAUUGAGGUGCAGUUGGUGAAGAUGGACAACCCACACAGCUUCAACUUUUGGAUUUAUAACGAAGAGUAUGAUGACUUAAAGGCCUUGACCGCCAAUAUGCAAAUGUUUUACGAAAGUCGUGAUUCGGAGAAGUACACCAUGCCGCUGUGCCUAAUAACCACAGAUCACCUGUGCGUCGUGCGCCACAACAUCUCGGGUGUGUGGGAAAGAGCCAAGGUAGUAAGUUACCGACCAAAUAACACAAGGAUGACUAUAGAAGUGGAGCUGGUCGACACUGGGAACUUCAUGUGUGUGAGCCACAAGGACGUCAAGUUUCUGCUGAAGGAGUUUGCAGUGCUGCCGGCGCAAGUAUUGGCCGGUCGAUUGGCUUAUAUUACUCAGUUGACGGCACCGGUCUGGUCGGCAGAGGCCGUUAAGUUCUUCUAUAACAUGUCUUCCUAUCGCAGACUUUACGCACAAGUCGAGGCUAUACAGAACAACACUGCCUAUCUUGUACUAAUAGAUCCGGACGCAGUGCCUGUUAUAAACUUGAAUAAGUCUCUGAUCGACUCCGGUUGGGUGCUUCGCAGCAUCACCGCUUAACUGUUUUUCCCUAUCAUUAUAAUUAAGCGUUCAAUCAUACUGACCAUUGAAAAUUACGUCUCGGCAUGGAGUGUCAAAUUGUUUUUUAUGUUUCCCAUUAUCAUGAUCAUUAAAACUCGUUAUCGUAUUAUUUUAAGGCAAA